AUGAACACUACCACAUUGGCCAUCCGUCCUAAAAAGUCCGUCCCCAACAGCACAUACUCCGUCUACAUUGUGAGUCACCAAUUCGAUCUCUCUUAUCCCCAGAGCGACUUGGCUAUAUUCGUGCAAACUCAGAAAGCUAGCACCCUCGGGAAGAGAGGGGAUGUCUAUUUUCUCGCUUCUGACUCUAAGGGUGCUGCAGGCGUGUGUCUUUGGCGUGAAUACAUCACAUUUUCUGAAACUGGGCCAAUGAAUGACAACCCAAUGUCAAUUGGCACUACCUCUACCUCGUACCAUCCCGAAAUUUGGGAUAGAACUUUGAGGAAGCUAGUGGCCAAUGAGUUUGAUCGGCAUGAUGCGACCACCUGGGCUUUGCAGGGCUCGACUCUCGGUGGACUACUGACGCUGGAUAUUUCCCGUUGGGUCGAGAAGGCUAAGGUCUCACUAGAAGCUGCUGGACUACUUCGGCCGUUGCCAUGUACCAGCCUGGACUUCCCAGAUGGUGGGGGCGCGUUGAGCAUUGUGGUUACGAUAUAG